ACAAAAAACUACAGAAAAACAAACAAUCUUGUGCAAGUUUUUGAGAAAGAAUAAUUGAGGUUGUUUUAACGUUUGAGGCUGAAAAACACGGCAUCUAAUUACAACUGAAAUCAGUAGAAAUCAGAUAAUUUGAAGAUUUUGAGGAUACAACUGUAACAAUGAGCACCGGAGAUGGCCAACUGUCAAGCCAGCUUAGGCGACAAUCAUCUGAGAAUUCUGGGUCCCCUCCCGCCUUUCAGAGAAGGUCACUCAUCUGACCUCUAUAGCCACAGGUCAAAUUAUGAAGAUACCAGAAGAGGACAGGCUGGGCCUGUGUAGAAGCGUGUCUGAGUUUGAGAAGCUGAAUCGAGUUGGAGAAGGAACUUAUGGAAUUGUGUAUCGUGCCCGUGACAUGAAGAGCAAGGAAAUUGUGGCGCUGAAGAAAGUUCGCAUGGAGAAGGAAAAAGAUGGUUUACCCAUCAGCGGUCUGAGAGAGAUCCACCUCCUGAUCAACCUCAGGCAUGAGAAUGUGGUGGAACUCCAUGAGGUGGUAGUUGGUCAGCAUCUUGACAGUAUAUUCCUGGUGAUGCAGUACUGCGAGCAGGACCUCGCUAGCCUGCUUGAUAACAUGCCCUCCCCAUUCACAGAGACCCAGGUCAAAUGCCUUGCCCUCCAGAUGCUACGAGGUCUGCGCUAUCUCCAUGACAACUUCGUCAUCCACCGAGAUCUCAAGGUCUCCAAUCUCCUGUUGGCGGACAACGGCUGCCUCAAAAUAGCUGACUUUGGUUUGGCAAGGCGUUAUGGGCUCCCUGUUCGACCUAUGACCCCAAGGGUUGUGACCCUGUGGUACAGGGCACCAGAACUCUUGUUUGGUUCACUGGAGCAAACCACAGCCAUUGAUAUGUGGGCAGCAGGGUGUAUUCUGGGUGAGCUACUAGUCAACAAGCCGCUCAUGCCGGGAGCAUCGGAGCUUCAUCAAAUCAACCACAUCAUAGACCUUCUAGGGACACCCAACGACACCAUCUGGCCUGGAUUUUCUGAGCUUCCUAUGGUCCAGAAUUUCACCUUGAAGAAGCAGCCCUACAACAACCUGAAAGCCAAGUUCACCUGGUUGUCUCAGUCCGGUCUACGUCUACUCAACUUUCUCCUCAUGUAUAAUCCAAAGAAAAGAGCAACAGCCGAGGAGAGCUUAGAGAGUUCCUAUUUUAAAGAACAACCACUACCCUGCGACAAAGCCCUGAUGCCAACAUUCCCUCAUCAUCGUAACAAGAGAAAAUCAAACACAAGGCCAGAGCAUAGACCGGCCAUGUACGGCAAGAACGAGUUUGGAGUUGCAUUUGGAUCAGGAGACUCCAAGAAGAGUAAGAGAUGAUGAUGCAGAACUUUGUGUUUAUAGAUAUGGACAACAUGUUAGACUUGUCCUCAAGAUGUAUGCUCUAUGAUCCAAGAUAGUGAUGGAGUGAUCUUCCUUAGGAUGUGAGGAAAGGAAUUUUUGUAGACCCAAACGGUUAAAGGAUAUGAUGACAUGGACUUGGGUUAGAUGAACACACCAAUGUGUAGGCUUUAUCUUGAAGAUGUACGCUCCCUGAUCCAAGAUGGUGGUUCUGAUGAUGUGUGGAAGGGAGAAUUUGUAGACCCACACAGAUAAAAGAUGAUCACAUGGACUUGGGUUAGAUGAACACACCAACGUGUAGGUUUUAUCUUGAAGAUGUAUGCUCUCUGAUCCAAGAUGGUGUAUGAAUGGUGAUGUCAGUCUGAAGAGGAGGGCCGGAGAGGAACUCCUGAUCUUCUUGAAGGGGAUUUCCCAUAAACCCAACAGAGAAAUGAAGAUGACGUGGACAACGGUUUAAUAGAUGAACACGCAACAUGUAGGCCCUAUCCUUACGAUGCACUCACUCUGAUCCAAGAUGGUGUAUGAGUGGUCAUGCCUGUCUAAGGACUGAUGGAGAUCAGUUACCGAUUUUACCGAAAGGCGAUUUCUUUAAAAUCUUAUCAAGCCAAAAGAACGAUUCCAAACAUCACAGAAGAUCUGGAAGAAAGCAGGGAACUCAAUAGUGUACAUCAGGAGGUAGCAUAUAUCCUUAUCCUCAAAGGUGUUUGGAGCGAUGUAGUGCCCAUCCACAAAAGAUUAGUUUUGUGCAUUUUUAUGACCUCUUUUGAACAUUUUAAAUUUGUGUCAUAUUCACAUGUGAAUGUGGGUUGGUCAUAGGAAAGGGGAACAUGAUAAUAAAUUGUAAUAAAUUCCAAAUUUGAUAUGUGGGUCAAAUAACAUUGAUUUUUUUGUCCUUUAUUGGCAUGUGCUGUCCUUAAUUUGUCUUUAAUUUAAGAAUGAAUUUCUUAUGGGUAAGCGUCGUAUUGCAUAUUCCUGUCAAAUUCUGAGAAUUGAAUCUGCACAAGAUUAGAAGUAACCAAAAUCUAAGAGAUGAACACAAAAAUGAUGAUAUGUUCAUCAUUAGCCAAUUCUAGUUGAUCUUCAUGAUUGAUGUAUAGUCUGAUUGUCAGUAGAAAUAUCAAAACAUUUUUGUUUUAUUGAAAAGAAAACAAUUUUAGUAGCGGGUAUCAUCUUCAUGUCAGUUGGAGAUAAGCUGGAUGGGAUGGAGGAGGAAGAACAUCUAUCCUGUUCACCUCCCCCCCCCCCCCCCCCCCCCCACACAAAAAAACAACAUUAUUUUGCCUCAUAAAGACUGCAGGCAAACAGCAACAAAUUUGAAAACACAAUUAUUUCCCAGAAAAUAUUCACCUAUGCUUUACGAUGAGUAAAUAUUUCCAAAGAGUAAUUCAUGGGUCAAAUAUUUCAAUUCUUUUCAGAUCUAAUACAUUAGGUGAAAAAUGAGACAUUUAAGUUUAGGUUCUUAUUAAUAAUUUAUUACAUCACUUGAUCACAAACAUAAUAAAUGCUUCAUUUUCAUAUGAAA